CAUCCAAGAUGAUAGUAGGUUUAAUUUUCCUAGCGUUUACAGUGGCUGUCCAGGGACAAACUACGGAUGUAGAGACAUGCCAGCUUAUCACAGACGCAGAGCUGCCCAUCAAUGCCUAUAUCGAGGGCUGCACCACCCCACCAUGCUUGCUGCCGCAAUUGCAAGAUGCGGUCAUCAAUAUUGUCUUUCAAGCACCCCGCACUAUGACGUCCAUGCGUACCUUGGCGGCAGCGAUUGUCCAUCGGCGGAUCAUAUCGAUGCCUGCGAUAACCUAUCCCCUGGGCGACAACGCUUUGACCUGCAACUUCUUGACCAACUCCUUCUGCCCCGUGCUGGCCGGCGAGGUCCUGCAGUACACCUUGAAGAUGUUCAUUGAAUCGUCAUUCCUGGUGGGCACCCGAGCGACCAUAGAGUUCAAAGUGGUGGAUGAGGCAGACCAGUCAGUUAUUUGCAUCAGGGUGCCUAUCACAAUAACGCCGUCUGUUGCUUGAGUUGAUAGAAGCAUGUAUCUUAAUAAAGAUAUAA